AUGAACUUCAAAAUCAUUUACACCUGCGAUGAACUCCUAAGUUUACAGCAUGAAGGCGUCUUAUUCAAAAAUACCGAGCUGCCGAACAAGGAGUUCUGGAGAUUCAACGUUAGGAAUUUCACGAAGACUAAUGGAAGUACUACGAAAUCAUUGCAAAAAUCUCAUAACAAUUACAAGAAAAAGGCCAUACACAAAUCUCCAAGUGAAGAUAAUUUUGAGGAAGAGACUCCGGAAUGGCUAGACGAAACGGAUUUCAAAGUCGAUUCGAGUUUUGUGGGAUACAGUUCCAUUGGUACGCAUUCAUACGAAGAAUUCGAAAGGGAGAAAAAAGAGUUCCAUAGAAGACACGGAGGAUUCAGAGAACCCCAAAGUCUGGAGGCACCAGUCAUUGAACAUGUGCCAUCCAGCUCAUUGGAAAAAGACUUUACAGGGAGCAAAACCGCUUUUUCGUCAGCUGAAGACAGUCAGUUUGAUCAAGAUUUGGAACUAAGGGACCAUUUGAACGGGCAAUUUUUCGACAAUUUAUUGAAGAACAAACUCGAACCGACGGAGAAGCAUGAGCAACCCGCAGAGCAAAAGAUUAGGCAAAUAGACACUUCGGAGACAUCCAAGUUUGAACGAUUAUUUCAAGCUAAGUCUGGUUCAAGUAUCCCAAUUGAUAAUUCAGGCACAACUUAUACCAACAACAUAACAAAUGCUCCGAUUCAAUCGCAAAAUCAUGGGUCACCAUUCAACAAUCAAGGAUUGCCGACAAACCAGUCUUUUGGUAACCUUCCACCUGGUAUUCCGCUGGGACCUCAGUCCACUCAAAUGCCACCAAUGCUGCCGCCUGGGUUCAACUCUAAUUAUUUCCCACCACCACCACCACCACCACCAGAGUUGCUCAAGCUUAUUCAGGAGGGCAAGUUGCCACCCCUACCGGGCAUGCCUCCAGGUUUGAACUUUCCAGUACCUCAGAUGGCUCCGCAAAUGAUGCCUUUUCCGACAGUUCAAAACAAAUACACUUCAAUAGCACCUGAAAACUCAUCUGGAUUCAAUAAUCAGUUGCCGCAAGGGACAUUUCCUUUAUUACCUCCUGGAAUCACUAAUCCCAUGAUGGGGUUGAGACAUUUUGAUUCUCAAGGUCAGUUUUUAGAAAGUGAUGCAAAGUCGAAGCAUUCAAAUUUUCAGCAAAAACAUGAUACGUUCAAGCACCCAUGA